CCGGAGAUCAGGUUGAAUGGUGUACGUUAGAGGUCUGGUUAUGCCACUGACUAGUCAAAACACCACACAGGAGUUCUCGAGUGAGCUUGGCAGGCUUGGGAAAGUGAUGGAUGGAUCUUCGGGACUAUCAGUGGAUGCAUGACACUAGGAUAAUAUACAUUUUGGAGAUAAACGUGUAUGAUGUCUGAAUCAAAGAGUGUUGGAUCUGUUGUACUGGCGAGAUGUCAUGACCACCGCGCUGGUGUUUACAGGUUUGGUUGUGGGUUUGGCUUGUUUGUUCCAGUUCAGUGCCAUCACGAUCCUAUCCAACCUCGGUUUGGGCAUUAUGGCGUUCACCCUUCUCAUACGCUUCCUGUACAAAGGCCUGGAUCUAGUUCGACUCGGUGAUGGAUCUCACCCUUUCCAGUCAUACUUGGAUGAGGACCGCACGCUGACGGAUGAAGACACGAUCCGUGUGGCAGAACAAAUUGUUUUGGUGAUUGCCACGGCUGUGACGGGUCUGAAGAAGCUUUUCUUCAUCAAUAACAUCUUGGACUCAUUGAAGUUUGUUGCAUUUCUGUAUUUGUUGACCUACGUGGGGAUUCAAAGCAAUGGUCUUACAUUAAUAAUGACUGGUGUCAUAUGUGCUUUCUCUCUGCCACUGCUAUACAAACUUCAGCAGCAAAGAAUUGAAAAGAUUGUCAAUGCAGUCAACAACCUUGUUGCAAGAAUCACUGAAAUGGUUGAUCUUGUGGUUACACUGGUCAAAUCUCAACCAGCUUCGGCUCCAGCUCCUUCCUCCUCCACUGCAUUAAGACAGAAACAAAAGACAAAAUGAAGAGGAUGGAAAGAGAAAUAUGAGUUUGGAGCAGGAUGAACAAAGUCUUACUGUGCAGCUGUGGCCUGGCGUGUCACUCGGGUUUGUUAGGCAGGUUUGGGGUUAUAACAGGCGUCAUGUUUUACAGUAUGUUUCUUAGAAUCAAAGUGUCUUCUAAUGUUGGCAACACAGAUAUAUAUAAAAAUUGUCACUUUUUCUUAAUUGUUCUCUUUUUAGAACACUAAAAUUAUGGAGAAACUCAAAUGUAACUAUGGGAAUUAAUUUGUGAUCAAAGAAAAUGUUAAAUAAAUGAAACAAUAUUUUAUUAAAGGACCUUCAAAUUUUGACCUCUUGUGUAGACCGUUAAGCAGCAUAAAUUCAUCAUUAAAGCAUCAAUAAAGCCCAGCUGGAGGAAUGUAUGGCAAAUAUUUUGUUACUGUGCACUUUCAUUUAAAUGUAAAUGUAUUUUAUAACAUCUAACAAUUAAACAGCUGAGUAAUAUUUAUGAUAA